GGGGUUGCAAGUGUUGCCGCGCUGCUCGUGCACGGCCGGCACCCCCCGCCGAUCGAGGAUCGUCGUUGUUCUAGUCUAGCUACUAACCAGUCAGGCGGGCGGGCGGCCGAUCGAUCUAGCAACAAUGGUGGGCGCUGGCGCGGCGACGGACGCGGCCAGGGCGCUGGCGGCACGGGAGGUGUGCGCUGCGUCGGCGGCGUUCGCGUCCUGCACGCACCGCCGCCGCCGCCGGUCGUCCCCGCGCGGCCCGCACUUCGUCGACUGGUACCUCGUCCUCUCCAUCGGCGAGGCCGCGUCGGAGGACGCCGUGCGGAGGCGGUACCGGCAGCUCGCGCUGCAGCUGCACCCGGACAAGAACAGGCACCCCAAGGCGGAGGUCGCGUUCAAGAUCGUCUCCGAGGCGCACGCGUGCCUGACGGACCAGGCGAGGCGGCGGGCCUUCGACCUGGAGCGGCGGGGCAGCUUCUGCGCCGCGUGCCACGACCGCUACGCCGCCAGGUGGUCCCAGCCGGCGUCCGGCCACCAGGCGCCGGCGCCGGCGGCGUCCAGGAGCAAGGCGGCGCGGGAGACGAUCCAGAGCCGGCUGCGGGACGAGUGCCGGGUCAUCGACGGCUGCCUGCGGGCCAACGACGCCGCGGCCUGCGCGCGCCGCCGCCAGUCGUUCCCGCUCUUCGAUCCCUCUGACGGCCGUCGCUUCCCAGACUACCCGCACGUCCGCCCGCCGCCGUUUGAGCUCCGGCACUCCGAGGACUGGCUUGGCCGCGCAGCAGUGGAUCGGCAAGCCCUGAACCGGAGGUGGUGCAGGGGCGGCGGCGAGUCGCCAGUGUACCAGAUCAGGACGGUGGCGACAGAGUGCACCGAUAGGCGUGCAUGGUGAACUCGGCACGCCAUCAGCAAUCAGCAUAUGAGCAGCAGAGCUCUCUCUCUCUAGUUUUUCAGCUCGAAAAGGAAAGGAUGUACCGAACAAUCUUUAGAUCAGAAAUUCUCCUUAGGAU